AUGCGGAAGUCAGCGCUGCUGGGCCCAUUGUUGGCUGGUGUCUUACCUGCUUGCAACGCGGCGCGUCAGUCUACGAAUCAUGACAACUUGACUGUUGCGAUGGUGCGUUGCCCACCACCGAAUUGGCCAUUGCCUAUUUUGAACUAUAAUUGGACCGGAAUUGUUUUCAACAUAUUCGAGACUGUGGACAAGGCCAUAGACUUGCUGAACGAAGCAUCGGCAAAUGGAGCAAAUGUGGUCAUGUUUCCUGAGCUGUGGUUCCCGGGGUUUCCCAAAGGAAUGGAUGGAUCUUGGUCUAUGGAGUUUCUCCCUAGCUACAUUGAAAACAGCUUCGUCGUGGGCGAUGAGCAAUGGAACCGCCUCAUUGAUGGCGUGGCGGCAGCUGGGGUCUAUGCUGAAAUCAAUUUUGCCGAGAGGACAGAUUCGUUGCUCUUCAUGGCUCAAGCUCUCGUGUCUCCAGUAGGAGAUAUCCUCAUCCAUCGCCACAAGUUGAGGCCGUCAGGUGAUGAACGAGCAGUGUUUACCGACGGCACCAUUGGCGAAAUCACCGCCGUCACCACUCCAUAUGGUCGUGUCGGACUACUGGAGUGUGGAGAGCACCAGUAUCCCAGCAUGACUUUCACCAUGCACGCUCAAAUGGAGAAUUGGCAUCUUGGCCCGUUCCCAUACAUGGUGGAUGCCAACAACACCGACGCUCUCUGGUGGGAGGGUGCGUUUGCGGAAAUGGCUACAAUGGGACACUACGCCAAUUUGGGCAAUACCUAUACCUUUACUGCAGCCGUGGGCGUGGCUUUUGUCAUGACGCCCUUGUCCCAACUCGAUGCGUACAUGAGCGACACGAUCGACUUUGACGAACACCCGAUGCUCUAUCAUAGCAUCAACACUUCAUCGUUCGACUCUUCCAUAACAUAUGACGCAAAUGCGCAAGUAUCAUGGGGCGUUCUUCAGCAGAUAUUGCAAGGGUUUCCUUCAUACAUUCCGCGGGAUGAGGGGGAUUUUGUGGCGUGGCACUCGGUAAACAUCACUGAGGAACUAAGUGGCACGUACAACAUGUCUGAGCCAGGCGCAUCUGGUCCGAGCAGCUAA